UCUGUAGAUGAGACCGUAGGAAUGUUUUUACCUGUAUAUACAUUGAUGUUUUUCAGAAGCUAGCAAGGGUCACAGUAUUUGGCAAAAUGCCUCUUUGGUCUGUGUGAGCCAUUUAUGUAAUAGUUACAUGUACAUGUAAUGCCACUCUGUCUGUGUGUCUGGCUGCCUUAUCUGUCUGUCUGUGUGGCUGGCAGGUACCUGAUAAGAGUGGAGGAGAUGAGACAGAGUCUCAGAAUCAUUCACCAGUGUCUCAACAAGAUGCCCGAGGGAGAGGUUCGGGUGGACGACGCCAAGAUCAUGCCACCUCGCCGAGCUGAAAUGAAGAAUUCAAUGGAGGCACUGAUCCACCAUUUCAAGUUGUUUACCGAGGGUUUCCAGGUCCCUCCUGGAGCAACCUAUACUGCCAUUGAGGCUCCAAAGGGUGAGUUUGGAGUUUACCUGGUGGCAGAUGGGAGCAGCAAGCCCUACCGCUGUAAAAUCAAGGCCCCCGGAUUCCUACAUCUGGCUGCUCUGGAUUUCAUGAGCCGUGGUCACAUGCUGGCUGACGUGGUGGCACUCAUAGGCACCCAGGACAUUGUGUUUGGUGAAGUAGAUCGAUGA